AUGCAAGAGCAGUGGAAUGCCGCUCAGGCAUGUAUCCAAGUGCAUUUGGAGGAAGAUAACGACUAUAUAACUUUCCUUAAGAGCAUUGAACAGAAGCUGGCAAGAAAGCUAAGGUUUGAGCGUUGUUUGCGACAUGGAAAUCUCGUAGAGAGCAUUGUUUUCGACAGGUUUGUCCAGUCUGCAGCUCAGCUGCGACACCUCCACGUGGUAUUUCAAGGAAAAUUGAAGCCCAUAGCAGAACCAUUAGCAUCUGAAAUGCUCAGACUAAUCGACACAAAGUGUAGCAACUUGGUGGAGAUUGUGGCGGAUAUGUUGUGUGCCAUCCGCUUCCUCUACGGACAAUUAUUCGCUCAAAGCGAAAUCAUUCGUGUAACACUAGAAACAGCAUUAGCUCAUGAAGAUAAAGAGUGGGAUGGUAAUAUACUGGAAAAGUAUCUGGAGACUGAGCACUUGACUGUUGACAAUUUGGUAUCGCGCCCGUUAAAACGGUUUACUGAAGUGAUUGAGUUUGUGGAAGCGCUAAGCACUAAGCUAUCAGAGGAUGGAGGACCCAAUUCUGGAAGCAAUGACUGUGAUAAAGUUAGUGACGAGAGACUUGAGUAUGCUAUUCAGUUGAUGCAUAUUGUCCAGGAGAACAAGCAAUAUAUUAAUUUUGCUAAGGCCGAUGCACGCGAGGAGAAUGAGUUGAUUGCGUUACAGACGUGCUUCUACGGCGAUGGGGCUGAUGUUCUCAAUGAUCUGUCCAACAAUAAAUUGCUGCUACACGGCGAAGUGUUCCUGAUGCUCUUGAAGGAUUCAAGCAAUUUCAGUAGAGUCAGUCCUGAGGUUGCCACCAAUGCAGGGCUUUUUAGCGAUUUAGAGAAGGUUUAUGCGCAUUGCUUUCAGGAUGGAACCUUGGUUUGCAGUAAACAACAGAACACUGAGCUGGGAGUGUCUUUUGUGAUCCUACAUCGUCUACAGCUCAAACAAGACGCAGCAUUUUUAGAAUUUGUUCCUGCCAGCAUAUCAUUGCUUGAGGCAUCGAAGGAAGCACGUGCCUUGGCCCUGAUUUAUCGAGACAAGACAUUUGUCUUCGCAUGGAAAGGUGUAGUGGAGAGUCAGCGAUGGGCUGACACGAUUGAGCGUUUUUUGGAAAUGAACGGAUUGCGGACCGAAGUGUUUCACCAAAGCCGGACGAUUGAUGAACUUCCUAUUUGCAAGGAGAUCUCAGCUCAGCUUGUGGAAAAUGACACAGUGCCGACGAAGUUUGCAUCAUUUUACGACGAUCAUCUUCCUGGGGUUUUUUGGAUGGCACCUUGUAAGGGCUCUAAUCCGGCUCAGUGGGAAUUGGUUGAGAUUGUUUUCUAUGCUAGAUGGCUACUAGUUUUCAAGAUAGAAGGAUGGAAAAAACAUUCAGUUCUAUAUAAUUUUGAUACUCACUCUCCUAAGAUGGAAAUUACUGAGUAUCCGCGGGCAGAGAGCAGUGGAGAGCGCUCAGGUUGCGGCAAGACGUGCGGAAGAGGAAAAAAUAAAGUGCUUAGCGACGGAAAAAAGGGAGUCCGUAUGCAGCGCGACAGCCAAAUGAAAGCUGAGAAAAUUGCUGGGAAGAAACGAAGUAUUGAGGAAAGUUUUGAUAACAACAAAGUUUUGAUUGCAACGGCAAACGAGAAAGAGCAAUCCACAUCAACUUUGAGUCCAGCAGGCUGCUAUAAGCUAGGCCAUGACACAGACGAAGAAUGUUUCGAAUUGGAUAGAGGCUUGAUGAUGAUCAGUGCGGAAGAAAAACAAACUGCUGCGCCAUCGGCGAAAAGAUUGAGGCGCGUGCCCGAUAAAUCAAAGUAUAUCCCGCAUAUGGUCUGCACUGAAAAGAAUGAUAUUAUUGCUGCUGUAACAUUGGCAGCUGUAAAAACUCAUAAGCAAAAGCGGUUAAAGAGGAAAUCGAAUGAUAUUGCACCGAUACCAACUCAACCAAGCCCGAGUAUUCCAACAGAUGAAUCUACGAGUGAGAUUGAUAUCACUCAGCUUUCCGCCAACGAAGAACCUGCUGAACACGAACCUAAACCAAAACAAGUGCGGAUUAUCCUCACUGGCAUUGAGUUAACUGCUUUGAUCCGAAAGAAAAUUGGUCUGAUUGCGGGUGCUGUCUACGAGGAUGACAUAAAGGAAGCAACGCAUAUUAUUGCCCCAAAAGGCCAAUUGAAACGAACCGUGAAGCUACUUUGCGGGAUCUCGACGUGUGUGCACGUUCUCGAUGUGCGAUGGCUGGAGGAGUCGGCUCGCGUCGGCUCUCCUAUCAGUGAGCGAGCGUACUGUUUGAAGGAUACGAGGGCAGAAAAAAAGUGGCAGUUUGAUCUUCGGAAAACAAUGUAUGACUUUACCCCAAAGCAACGGCAGCAGCUCUUUUCCGGUCAUCAAGUGUUCAUAACAAGCCAUAAGUCGGUGCUCCCGCCAAUUAAAGACUUGGUAAAGAUUGUGGAAUGUGCUGGCGGAACAGCAGUGACGAAAGGUAGCGCUGGUCCGGACAACGUGGUAAUCACAAGCGAGGCAGCGAUGGCCACAGCUUCGGUUCGUAAAGCAUUGACUCUGGCCAAUCCGCAGCGAGUUUACUCCACAGAGCUAAUUUUGAGCAGUAUAUUACAGCAGCAUCUUGAUCUCGACAAGAACCGCCUCGAGCGAACAAGUGGCGAAUGUCGCCGACGCAAGUAG